CAGUUGGCCAAAUCUGAAGAAGCAACAUUAGCAGCCGAAGCUAAAGCUCAAUCCCUUGAGUUAGUGCCGGAUUGUUAGAUUCGAUUCGAAUUCUCGACAAACUCAUCGAUCCCUCAAUCUGGGGUGAACAGGUAGAAUCCCAAGAUUUGAUAAUCGAGGGCGUGGUCUAUUCUAUUUGAGUUGAGUUUCUGAUCAAGGAUCUCAUUCUCUGGAGCAAAAAGCGGGAAAAUUCUAGCUUGUUCUUCUGUUUUCCUAAAAUAUGUGGAGAUUUAAGCCAUUCGGCCACAAAGAACAGACUGGUCUUGAAGGCCGCACUGUAGAUGUUGGCAAUCUUAAAAUAAACAUUGUUAAGGCCAUUGCGGAAGGAGGGUUCUCCUGUGUCUACCUAGCUCGUGAUGCUGUACAUAUGUCAAAGCAAUAUGCCUUGAAGCACAUAAUAUGCAAUGAUGAGGAAUCACUUGGAUUGGUAAAGAAGGAGAUAUCUGUGCUUAAGAUGCUGGUAGGACAUCCCAAUGUUGUCACACUUCAUGCACAUUCCAUCUUUGAUAUGGGGAGGACGAAGGAGGCAUUCCUUGUGAUGGAAUUUUGUGAGAGGUCUCUGGUCAAUGUGCUGGAGAACCGCGGAGCUGGUUAUUUUGAUGAGAAACAGGUUCUUUUGAUCUUCAGGGAUAUCUGUAAUGCAGUUUUUGCUAUGCAUUGCCUGUCCCCACCUAUUGCACACCGAGACUUGAAAGCGGAGAAUCUUUUAUUAAGUUCAGAUGGCUUAUGGAAGUUAUGUGAUUUUGGAAGCACUUCCACUAAUCACAAACGUUUUGAAAAGCCAGAAGAAAUGGGGAUCGAGGAAGACAAUAUCAGGAAGUAUACAACUCCAGCCUACAGGGCCCCUGAGAUGUGGGAUCUGUUCCUGAGAGAGGUCAUUAAUGAGAAGGUAGACAUAUGGGCUCUUGGAUGUCUUCUUUUCCGCAUAUGCUACUUCAAAAGUGCAUUUGAUGGGGAAUCAAAGCUUCAAGUCUUAAAUGGCAACUACCGUAUUCCCGAUUUACCAAAAUACAGUUCAUCUAUCACGGACUUGAUAAGAGACAUGCUCCAAGCUAGACCAGAUGACAGACCAGAUAUCACGCAGGUCUGGUUUCGUGUUAACGAGCAACUGCCCAUUAAUCUACAGAAGUCAUUACCUGACAGGCCACCUGAAUCACCCUCUCCCAACAAUCAUGAAGGUAUGCCCUCAAACAGAUCACCUCCAAUGCCUCGUAGGAACCCACCUCCUCCACCUUCAUCCGGAGAACCCAAAACUACACCACAGCCAUCCCUUGCUUCUAGGGGAGGGAGCAGUGGGGGGCAGCUUGGUGCUUUCUGGUCCAGUCAGCACGCAAAGGAUCCACUUGUCACUGAGGACAAGAGCAAGCCAAUUUUUGAUGAAGAACCAUCUAGUCACCAUAUGCCACUGAAACAUGAUAGACUUCGUCCUGAAAAUGAACAAUUAGCCAAAAAUGUUAGUACUAGCAAAGUGGUUAAUGCACAAACUCAUACUGUGAAAAGCAGUACACAUGGAAAAUUAAACAAGCCUGAUGCCAAACCCUCUAAGGAUUUUGAAAUAAACUUAUUCCAUGAUAAAGAUCGUAUGGAGAAUACAGCUAACUUUCAAAACCAGGCUUUUAACACUUUUGUUGCUGAAUUCGAUACCAAUAAGCUCAACACUGGACUUAAUAACAAAUCCGAAAGGGAACAAGCAUUAGAGGUUGAAGUGGAGAAACUCAAAGAACAGCUGAAGGAAGCUAACGUGGAAAAAGCUGAAAUAACAUCAAAGUUUGAAAAGCUUUCUGCUAUCUGCAGAUCCCAAAGGCAAGAAUUGCAGGAUCUCAAGCAAGCACUGGCAAGUCGGACUCCUUCACCAAGUAGAGAAGGUUUGAAAACCUCUCCUGCAAUUACAUCAUCUGCACCUAUGCAGGAUAGAACUGAAUGGAAAACUCCCAGUUCAGAACCUAAGUCAUGGCAAGCUUUUCCUGAGGAACCCCAACAACAAAAGUCCCUUUCAACAGGAAAUACUACCAAAUCAGUCAGGUCAAAUAAUGGCCGGCAGAACAAGCAACCUGUUCCACUGGCUACUAAUUUUGAUUCAUGGGGUUUUGGAACUGAUAGCUUCAGUGCUGUACCUACUGGCAGCUCACAGAUGCAAAGACCUAGCAGUGCCGGAGGUAAGUCUCAGGGUUUUGAUGAGGCAAAGGCCUUUGAGAGCAAACCAACUUCUCAACCAGCUGGUUGGGCUGGUUUUUAACCGUGGGAAAAGUUCUAAAGGAUCUAUACUGUGUGAUUGCACCGAGACUUUUUUUUUUUGGUCUACACUGAGAAGUAAAAUGAAUGCAAACCAUUAUAUAUUCUGUAUUUUAAAUUGAUGCGGUCGAGUUUGUUUUUUCUUUUUUUUUUUUUUUUGUGUGUGGAUCAUGCUUCGAAAUGGUACGUUUUUCUUUGGACUAAAGCCAUUCUCGGGUGACGGUAUUCAUUUCCAGUUUGCAAGAUUGCUGCAUUACUGUUUA